AUGAUGUCUAUUAUUAUGAUCAAAUUCAGUAGCAGCAAAGCAGGUAUUGUGCAUAAAUAUCAUAACCAUGGCACAUUAAUUGAGUUAGUGUGAACUAUUACACCCGCAUUCAUUUUAAUUGCUAUUGCAUUUCCUAGUUUCAAAUUACUUUAUUUAAUGGAUUUUUCCUGA